UAUGUUAACUCUUCUUAAACGAUCGAUAUAAUUUGUUCCUCGCUUUUCCUAUCAUCCCAACGUUAUAGAUCACUAUGAACACCCAAGAAAUGUAGGAUCAUUAGACAAAAGCAACCCAAAAGUAGGAACAGGAUUGGUUGGAGCCCCAGCAUGUGGAGAUGUUAUGAAACUACAAAUCCAAGUUGGAGAAGAUGGUAAAACCAUUGAGCAAGCUGUCUUUAAAGUAAUCUAAUAGAUUAUAUUAAUUUUAAGACAUUUGGUUGUGGUUCAGCCAUAGCUUCUAGUUCUUAUGCUACAGAAAUUCUUAAAGGAAUGACCCUGGAAGAAGCUUACAACAUCAAGAAUUCUGAUAUAGCAAGUUAUUUAAAGUUGCCUCCUGUCAAAUUGCAUUGCAGUAUGCUAGCAGAAGAUGCAAUCAAGAAAGCCAUAGAAGAUCUUUAAUCCAAGAAUAAUUAGUCAACAGAUAAGUAGGAAAAAUGAUACAUAUUGUG